AUGGGUUGUAAGCAAUGUAAAAUUUUUACAACAAAACAUGAAAAUUAUAAAACUAAAUCAACAAUUAUUGAACAAAAUUCUAUUUCAAUUCCAAAUAAUGAACCAACACAAAUUUUAUCAAAUAAAAUUAAUUCAAACAAACAAAUAAAAUUUACAACAAUAGAUUCUUCAUUAUUACCAACAUUAGAUAAUUUACCUGUUGAAUUAAUUUAUUAUAUAUUAAAACAAUUGGAUACUUAUACAAUUUUUACAUCUCUUUAUAAUGUUUGUAGUCGUCUUAAUUUAAUUCUUCAUACAUAUGAUCAAUAUGAUUUAAAUUUAAAUUCUAUUUCAAUGUCUUAUUUUUAUCAUAUUUGUUCAUUAAUUAAUCCCGGACAAAUUAUAUCAUUAACAUUAUCAGAUGGAAAUGAUAAUAUUGGUUUAGUUAAACUUUUUCUUAAAAAAUUUCCUAUUGAAUCAUUUAAACGUCUUCAUUCAUUAACACUUGUAAAUAUAGAUAAUAAUGAACAAAUGAUAAAAAUAUUUCUUUCAAUUACAGAUCAACUUGAAAUACUUUCAAUUAAAAAUACAAAUGAAUAUUAUAAUGAUACGUUUAUAGAUAUUUUAAUGACAAGUUUAGAAAAAAAAUCUUUAUAUAAAAUUUAUUUAGAUAUUGAAAAAAAUCGUUUUUUAAAUUCAACAAUUAUUUGGCCAGAUAAAUGUUUUUUAAAAGAAAUUAAAUUAAUUGGAUUUUGUAAUAUAACAUUAUUUCGAACUAUUCUUAUUAAUUCACCAUAUUUAAAAAAAUUUCAAGCAUAUGAUAUUGAUCUUGAUGAUGAAUGGAUUGAUGAUGAUGAUGAUGAUGAUGAUGAUGAUGAUGAAAUAGAACAACAUCAAAUGCUUCCAAUAUUAAAUACUUCAAAUUUAAUUUCAUUAUCUUUAGUUUAUACAAGAAAUGAAAUGGAAAAAAUCGAAUGGUUAUUAACACAAUUUACUCAAUUAAAAUAUUUUAAAUAUUUAAAUAUAUAUGAUUUUUCUAUUGAAUCAAUAUAUGAAAGUGAUUAUUCAUUAGUUGAUGGUCAACGUUGGGAAAAAAUCCUAUAUAAUUAUAAUCAAUUUGAAUUUAUAUUUACUAUUCAUAUGGAUGAUGAAGCUUGGAAUUUUCAUAAUUAUUUACCAACAUUUCAAACAAAAUUUUGGCAAGAUAAAAAUUGGAAUAUUGCAUAUGAACAAUAUGAUAGAAUUUUAUUAAUUUAUUCAUUACCAUAUCCACAUGAUACUCAUUAUUAUGAUUGUUCAACAUUUUUUUCCAUAGCAUAUAAUCCAUUUCUAUUAAAUAAAUCUUUACAAAAUGUUACAAAAUUACGUAUUAAUAUGACAGCAGUGAAUAAUUUAGAGAAACGAGUGAGUAAAAUACUCGUUUUUUGUUUCGGCAAAGUUCUCAUCAUAAAAAAAGCAGAUUAA